UUCUCUCCUCUCCCUUUUCGUUCCCCUUCAUCUCACCCAAAUCCUCAAAUAAAAUCCGCCGCAGCGGCGAGAUCCUGAGACAGAUCAAUUGUGGGAGGGAUUCCGACGUGCCAAUGUCGGAUCCCACGGCGGCGGUCAUCCCCAGGCCCGGCGGCGGAGGAGGAGGGAGCGAGGAGGAGGUGGAAGAGAAGGAGUUAGAGGAGGAGGAGGAGCCGGUGGAGAUCCGGGAGGUGUGGGCGGACAACCUGGAGAAGGAGUUCGUGUUAAUCCGUGAUGUGGUCGACGGGUUCCCCUUCGUUGCGAUGGACACGGAGUUCCCGAGCAUCGUGUGCCGCCCCAUCGGCGCCUUCCGCUCCUCGGCCGACUACAACUACGCCACCCUUAAGGCCAACGUCGACAUGCUCCACCUCAUCCAACUCGGCCUCACCUUCUCCGGCCCGCGCGGCGAGCUCCCUGCCCUUGGUGACGACCGCCGCCGAUGUGUCUGGCAGUUUAACUUCUGCGAGUUCGACGAUGCUCGUGACAUCUUCGCCUCCGACUCCAUCGAGCUCCUCCGUCGCAGCGGCCUCGAUUUCCGACGCAACGCCGAGUGCGGGGUCGACGCCCGCCGCUUCGCUGAGCUCCUUAUGUCCUCCGGCGUUGUGCUCAACGACUCUGUCUACUGGGUCACCUUCCAUGCGGGCUACGACUUUGGUUACCUGCUCAAGAUCCUCACUUGCAACAGCCUCCCUGACACGCAGGCUGGUUUCUUCAAGCUCAUGAAGAUAUAUUUUCCCACCUUUUAUGACAUCAAGCACCUCAUUAAGUUCUGCAACAGCCUGCAUGGUGGGCUGAACAAGCUCGCGGAGCUCCUUGACGUGGAGCGCGUCGGAGAGUCUCAUCAGGCCGGUUCCGAUAGCUUUGUCACUUCGUGCGCGUUCUGGAAGCUCAAGGAUUCGUUCUUCGGUGGCUCUACCGAGAAAUAUGCCGGAGUACUGUAUGGGCUCAAUGCAGAGAAUGGAGUCAUCACACAUUGAUGGAAUGGUAGUUCUGUUGGAAUUUUAGGUUUGUGAAUGGAUUGAUGUAGUACAUAAAAUGUGACAAAUGAUCAAAGAUGUUAUGUAGGUUAAGUUUCUCUUGCUU